UCAAGGAAAUGAACUUUUAUCACUUUUCAAAUGAUAGACGUAUUUUUCAGGCAUACUCCCGUCUCAGACACAUUUGUUAUACAGACAUAACUUGUGAAGGAUGUGUACAACGAAACACUUGUAAAAAAACUUCACGAAGAAUGCUCAACUGCGAAGAGAUUUCACAAAUCAUUGAUUGAUUGAUUGAUUGUUGCAUUAUACGUAGUAGCAAAAACGAGGAAGCUGAUUCUUCAAGCAACCGACAGAAGAGUAGAAGAAUGCAGAUCAAAUGAACGGAACAGUACCCACCUGAAGAGAUCCGAUAGAUGUCGGGUGGAGGUGCUGCACCCGCCACCCCUGCCGUUCCUCCGCCAACACUGGGCGGUCAUUCUCGGUGCGGGUGGGUUCUGGGCCCAUCGCUGGACAAGAUCAUCAAGAACGUCGCGUGGAGGAAGCACUCUCAGCUGGUCGCUGCCUGCAAGUCCGCUCUCGACAAGCUCGAUUCUAUAGUCGAUGACCCCGUCGAUCCCGCUUCAUGCUCCCCUCUCUAUGGCCUCUCUUCACCUGACGCUGAAUUCGUCUUGCAGCCCAUCAUCCUCGCCCUCGACUCUGCUUCCCCGAAGGUGGUGGAGCCAGCUCUCGACUGCACAUUCCGAUUGUUUUCUUUCGGCCUCAUCCGGGGCGAGAUCGAGGUUGGAACCCCCCCUCCCAUCAUAUUUCGCUUGAUUGAUUCCGUCUGCAAGUGUGGCGCUCUAGAUGAAGAGGCUAUCGAGCUCGGCCUUCUUCGCGUCCUCCUAUCUGCUGUCCGGUCACCCUACGUCAUUCUCCGGGGAGAUUGCCUUGUGCACAUUGUCAGGUCUUGUUAUAAUGUGUAUCUAGGUGGCUUGAACGGCACCAAUCAGAUCUGCGCUAAGUCCGUUCUAGCUCAAAUGAUGGUCAUAGUUUUCACUAGGGUCGAGGAGAACUCCGUGAACAUCAACUUCAAGACUGUUUCUGUUGCUGAUCUAUUGGAGUUCACUGAUAGAAGUUUGAAUGAGGGCAGUUCCAUUCAAUUUGCUCAAGAUUUUAUCAAUGAGAUUGUGGACACCAAAGCUAAGGAAGUGCUUCCUGAUUCCAAACUGUCCUUGCUAUUGGAGAAUGGAAACAUUCAAAGGGCAAGUGAGACAGUUGAUGAGGAAUCAAGUGAGGGGGUUGAGAUGGACAGCAAUAGCAAGAUCCGAGAGGAUGGCUUUAUGCUUUUCAAGAAUUUAUGCAAAUUGUCCAUGAAGUUUUCGUCACCAGAGCACACUGAUGAUCAAAUCCUGUUAAGAGGGAAAAUACUUUCAUUGGAGCUCCUCAAGGUUGUCAUGGAUAAUGCAGGCCCAGCCUGGCUCUCCAACGAGAGGUUUCUAAAUGCUAUCAAACAGUUUCUAUGCUUAUCAUUGUUGAAGAACAGCGCACUGUCUGUCAUGACCAUUUUUCAACUUCUUUGCUCAAUCUUCGAGAAUCUAUUAUCAAAAUAUAGGUCUGGGCUGAAAUCAGAAAUUGGAAUCUUCUUUCCUAUGCUGAUCCUACGUGUGCUAGAGAAUGUGCUUCAGCCUAGUUUCUUACAGAAGAUGACUGUUCUGUUCCUACUAGAUAAGGUUUCCCAAGAUCCUCAAGUUAUAAUUGAUAUUUUCGUCAACUAUGACUGUGAUGUUGAUGCUCCAAACAUAUUUGAAAGUCUGGUGGAGUGCAUGGUGCAAUGAUGUAGACCCUACCUCCGCCAGUCACCACGAGGCAGCAUUAGUACCAAAGUGGAGGAAAAGAAUUUGGACAAUAUGACGCUCUGUGUUGCCUAUAUCACUAUAUAUGGGGAAAAACCAUUCUAUUGGAUGCAUUAUAUGACAGAGUUGUUAGGUUGUACAAUGGCCACUGUAGUUACUGGAACAUGAAUGCCUCUUCCAUUUACUCAACUGUAAUAGGAACUAGUUCUGAUGAAAUGUGUGUGUGUGUAUGUAGUCGCUGGGACAAUUGAUUUUGGCUCCUAUUGAACCGGGUGUUGUAGCUGUUCAGAACUGCAACCCAACUAUGCAGUCAGAUUUUAGAAGCCAUUUUUAUAUAUGCCUCAGGGUUUCAGCCCUGAAAUAAUAUUAUUUUUAUUUUUUAAGAAGUUUCAAUUGCCUAAUUCACAGGAUUUGAAUUUUUGUCUCACCCUGGAAUCCUGGAUAAGUGGAUUCUUCCCUUUGACCUGUCUCUGUUUUCUUGGUUGAUAUCGAUUUUUACAAAUAAAAGCACCUAAUGUAACCAUACUCUCUACUUCCUUUCCUCCACUUUGGUAAUAAUGCUGCCUUGUCGUGACUGGUGGAUGCGGCAGUCUCCACCAUAGCACCUUUGCUCGUGCACAUGUUUAGCUAAUGGCAACUAAUGACUGAUGACUUUCAUCUGUAAGCAUUACGGGCCUUAUAGUAAAAGAUAAAACACAGUUUGUAACUCGACAUUACCCAGACUUUUGCCAAACAUGAACUCAUUCAGCAGUGCUUGCUGAAUUGGUUGGUAUUGAAAAAAGCAGCACAUAAGGUACUUUUUCGGACGAAGUUACUGAAUUAAUGACACUUAUCACCUUUGCUCUUAAAUACUUCAUUUAUAUCUUCUUUCUUAAUUUGUACUCCCUUCGUAUUUAAAAGUUUGCUACACUUUCCUAUUUGGAAUGUAUUUAAAAGUUUGCUACAUUUUCCCUUUUUGGUAGGGUUUUUCUUUAAAAGAUCCAAUUACCCUUACUUUUUCUACUUUUUUAUCUUCUCUUUCCUACGUUUUCACCUUCUCUCUUACUUUUUCUACACUAUUCAUUACCUCUACUAUUUCCCCCUUAAACAUGCAUGCAGAACUGUCAACGGCCUUCUCAAAACUGCAUUGGGUCCACCUCCUGGUUCGACUACCACUUUAUCCCCAGCCCAAGAUUUGACAUUUCGGAGUGAAUCAGUGAAAUGCUUAGUCAGAAUAAUAAACUCCAUGGGCACGUGGAUGGACCACCAACUGAAAUUAGGAGAGUCCAAUCCAGUGAAGCUUUCUGGUUAUGACAGUGCAAUUGAAAACAUUACUGCACCCAGUGAAGAGGGAAGUCUGGCUGACCAUGAUCUGCACUUAGAGGAGAGUUCUGAAAUCUCUAAUGCAAUUACCUUGGAGCAGAGGCGAGCUUAUAAACUGGAAAUACAGAAAGGGGUAUCUCUGUUCAACAGAAAACCUUCAAAAGGGGUAGACUUCCUAAUGAGUACAAAAAAGGUUGGCAAUUCCCCUGAAGAAGUAGCUUCUUUCCUGAAGAACACUUCUGGACUAAAUGCUACUAUGAUUGGUGAUUAUUUAGGAGAAAGGGAUGAAUUGCCCUUGAAGGUUAUGCAUGCAUAUGUUGAUUCAUUUAACUUUGAACAAAUGAACUUUGGUGAAGCAAUCAGAUAUUUCCUACGAGGUUUUAGACUUCCGGGUGAAGCUCAGAAAAUUGACCGUAUAAUGGAAAAAUUUGCUGAGCGCUACUGUAAAUGUAAUCCAAAUUCUUUCACAAGUGCUGAAACGGCUUAUGUCCUUGCUUAUUCAGUGAUAAUGCUCAACACCGAUGCCCACAAUAACAUGGUGAAGGAUAAGGAUAAUGCUGGGCUUGUUUCUGACUUCUUGCCUCUACUGGUUUUGCCUUCUAGAUGACCAAAGCUGAUUUCAUCAGGAAUAAUCGAGGAAUUGACAAUGGAAAAGACUUACCUGAAGAUACCUUGGGUGAUCUCUAUGACCAAAUUGUGAAAAAUGAAAUAAAGAUGAAUGCGGAUUCUACUGCACAACAAAGCAAGCAGGGGAGCAGCCUGAAUAAACUUUUGGGCUUCGAAGGUAUACUAAAUCUAGUGUGGAAGCAGACUGAAGAAAAGCCAUUGGGCACAAAUGGAGAUCUUAUAAGGCAUAUUCAAGAGCAGUUCAAAGCUAAAUCUGCUAAAUCAGAGUCUGUUUUUUAUACUGUUUCCAAUCCAGCAAUACUGAAGUUUAUGGUUGAAGUUUGCUGGGGUCCUAUGCUUGCUGCAUUUAGUGUAACACUAGACCAGAGUGAUGACAAGACUGCAACCUCUCUGUGCUUGAAAGGCUUCCGAUUUGCAGUCCACGUUACAUCAAUUAUGGGUAUGCAGACACAGAGAGAUGCUUUUGUCACCACCGUUGCUAAAUUUACUUAUCUCCAUUGUGCUGCAGAUAUGAAACAAAAGAAUGUUGACACUGUGAAAGCAAUAAUAUCCAUUGCCAUUGAAGAUGGAAAUUUUCUUCAAGAAGCUUGGGAGCAUAUUUUAACAUGUCUAUCCAGAUUUGAGCAUUUGCAACUGUUGGGGGAGGGUGCACCAUCUGAUGCAUCCUUUCUUACAACCACAACUGCUGAAACUGAAGAGAAAGCUUUGAAGUCGGUGGGCUUUCCUUCUUUGAAGAGAAAAGGAACUCUACAGAAUCCAGCUGUUGCUGCUGUUGUUCGGGGAGGCUCAUAUGAUAGUACUACAAGUGGAGUUAAAUCUCCAGUCUUGGUUUCUCCAGAGCAAAUGAACAACUUCAUUUCAAACUUGAAUCUACUUGAUCAGAUUGGGAGUUUUGAACUUAACCACAUCUUUGCUCACAGCCAAAGAUUAAACAGUGAAGCAAUAGUGUCUUUUGUUAGAGCUCUUUGCAAAGUUUCUAUGUCAGAGUUACAAUCUCCAACAGAUCCUCGUGUAUUUAGUCUUACAAAGAUUGUUGAAGUUGCGCACUAUAAUAUGAACCGUAUUAGAUUAGUAUGGUCUUGCAUAUGGAGCGUCCUUUCCGAUUUCUUCGUUUCUGUUGGACUAUCAGAAAAUCUUUCUGUUGCAAUAUUUGUCAUGGACUCACUGCGGCAACUUGCUAUGAAAUUCCUUGAACGAGAAGAGCUGGCAAACUACAAUUUUCAAAAUGAAUUUUUGAGACCGUUUGUGACUGUUAUGCAAAAAAGCAGCUCGUCUGAAAUCAGGGAAUUAAUUGUUCGGUGUAUCUCUCAAAUGGUCCUUAGUCGUGUCAACAAUGUAAAAUCUGGAUGGAAGAGUGUUUUUAUGGUUUUUGCUGCGGCUGCGGCUGAUGAAAGGAAGAACAUAGUCUUACUGGCUUUUGAAACCAUGGAAAAGAUUGUACGAGAAUAUUUUCCAUACAUAACUGAGACCGAAACUGUAACUUUCACCGAUUGUGUUAGAUGCCUCAUUGCAUUCACAAAUAGUAGAUUUAACAGUGAUGUUAGCCUCAACGCAAUUGCAUUUCUCCGUUUCUGUGCUGUCAAACUUGCAGACGGAGGACUUGUUUCUAAUGAGAUGAGUGAAGAAAAGGAUAAGUCUAUCCACGCAGCAAAUGACAAUACUUCAGAUGUAAAAUGCUUCACAAAUGAAGAUGAUAACAUGUAUUUCUGGCACCCUCUGCUCACAGGAUUAUCAGGCCUAACUUCAGAUCCUCGGUCAGCUAUCAGGAAGAGUGCUCUUGAGGUUCUCUUUAAUAUUUUAAAAGACCAUGGCCAUCUCUUCUCUCACUCAUUUUGGGUUAAAGUUUUCAAUUCUGUCAUCUUCCCGAUAUUUAGUUCUGCACAUGAUAAAACUGAAGCAGACUUAAAAGAUCAUCAGUUUUCCCCAAGAGCUAGAUCUUCACAACUUGAUGGACAACUGUGGGACUCCGAGACUUCUGCUGUGGCAGCUCGAUGCCUAGCUGAUCUGUUCAUUAGUUUCUUUGAUUUGGGUAGGUCUCAGCUGCCUGGCAUAGUGUCGAUACUAGUGGGUUUCAUAAGAAGUCCUGGUCAGGGUCCUGCAAGCACUGGUGUAUCUUCACUAAUGCAUUUGGCUGGUGAAUUGAGACACAGACUUUCAGAAGAGGAGUGGCAAGAGAUCUUUCUUGCUUUGCAAGAUGCUGCUGCUUCUUGCGUGCCCAAUUUCUUAAAGCUUCUACAAACCAUGGACAGCUUUGAUAUGCCUGAUGGUAGCGUGUCCAAUAAUUAUGUGGAAACAUCAUAUGAAGUUGGGUCGAUGAAUGACGCUGAGGGUGACAACCUGCAAAUGGUUGGGUAUGUUGUUUCAAGAGUGAAGGGUCAUAUAGGAACACAACUACUCAUCGUACAGGUAGCUACUGAUCUUUGUAAGUUGCAUCAGCAGUCACUAAGUGCUAAGACUGUAACGAUCCUUCUUGGGAUCUAUUCAUCUAUUACUUCUCAUGCUCACCAGUUAAAUUCUGAUGGAGUCCUUAAAGUGAAGCUGAAGAGAGCCUGCUCAAUGCUCGAGAUCACAGAACCACCAUUAUUGCACUUUGAAAAUGAAUCGUACCAGAAUUACAUCAACUUUUUGCAUGAUUUGCUUGUUAGUGAUCCAAUAUUGGGAAAAGAGAAGGAUCUAGAACCUGAACUUGUGUCUAUAUGCGAGAGAGUCCUGCGUGUAUACUUGGGUUGUGCCGGUGUACACCAGCAACAACCAGUCGUCAACAAGCAGCAGCAGCUGAAGCUGCACUGGAUUCUUCCCCUAGGCUCAGCCAGGAAGGAAGAACUAGCUGCCAGGACUCCCUUAGUUCUUUCUGUAUUACAUAUAUUGAGUGCUUUUGAAGGUGAGAGUUUCAAAAAGUAUGCAUCACAGCUGUUUCCGUUACUGGUUGAUCUUGUCCGGAGUGAGCAUAGUUCUGGAGAAGUUCAGCAACUUCUAAGUGGCGUCUUCCGGUCAUGCAUAGGCCCAUUAAUAGUGAAGAUGUGAAAUUUUCAUUUUUGUAAAUUAUUAUCACUUAGCCUGAGGGUGAGGAACAUCUUUAUAUAGAAUACUGAAGUUUUGUUUAUUGAUGUUAGGCCUCAUAAUCUUGCUAUCUAUUUACCAAAAAGAAAAUAACAAUCACUUCUCAGUUCUCAGAAUAAUCUUGCUAUCUAUUUACCAAAAAGAAAAUAACAAUCACUU